AAGUUGUAAAGAGAACAAAAAAUCGCGAAGGAGGCUGCUAUUGCUAGGGUUUUGUUUUUCUCUACUUUUUCACCACAUCGCUCGCUUCAGGUUCUUCUGAAAGACUGAAACGAUGUCCCGUGUGUAUGUUGGUAACCUGGAUUCAAGAGUGACCGAGAGAGACCUUGAAGAUGAGUUCCGUGUUUUCGGAGUUAUUCGGAGUGUUUGGGUUGCACGGAGACCACCUGGUUAUGCUUUUAUUGACUUUGAUGACCGCAGAGAUGCACAGGAUGCUAUUCGCGAAUUAGAUGGCAAGAAUGGUUGGAGGGUAGAGCUUUCACACAACUCUAGAGGUGGAGGUGGAGGCGGAGGUGGUGGUCGUGGAGGUGGUGGUCGUGGUCGCUCUAGCGGCGGUUCUGAUUUGAAAUGUUACGAGUGUGGUGAACCUGGUCAUUUUGCUCGUGAAUGUCGCAUGCGUGGUGGUUCAGGAAGACGUCGUAGCCGUAGUCCACCUCGAUUUCGUAGGAGCCCAAGUUAUGGGAGAAGGAGUUACAGUCCUCGUGGGCGUUCUCCCAGGCGCCGCAGUGUGUCCCCUCGUGGACGCAGCUAUAGCAGGUCACCUCCUUAUCGUGGGCGUGAGGAGGUACCAUAUGCUAAUGGCCAGAAAGGAAUGACAAAUAAACGUGAUGACUGAAGUAGAAAUGGCCUGAGGGAACGACGCCGAAGCAGAAGUUGAAUUUUAUGAUUUGGUAACCGCAAUUGUUUAGAGGAUAGUGAGAUUUUGUUAAUCUAGUGGUGCUUGGACUGCAGUAUGAGUCUGUUUUGUUGGGCAACGCCGAGUCUUGACCCUUGGAUUGGAUUAGUUACUUUCUUGAUGUCUCAGCUUGUGUUUAUUUUAUAUUUUUGCAGAAUACUUGUAGUUUUCAUGCAGGUAAUAAUCUUUUUAAGGUUGUUGCUACUAGUUUGUCAAAAGAGUUCCAGAUCUUUUUUAAGUACACGUUUUUUUUGUC